AUGGAAGCAAAAUUUAUUCCACAACAAUUUCAGAGCCAGAAAGACAAAGAGAAUUCAGCUAGUGAUGAGCACAAGCUUCUUUUUGACAAAAUUGGAGAGCUCCAAUUAAUAGAGUUGUCUAAACAUUAUUGUCUCUGAGAGUUUUAUCUUUCUUCUUACUGUCAAUGUAAACUCGAAGAUUUUCAAAAUAAUGCACCAUUGGAUUUUGAUACUCAAAGUUUAAGACAAACCCAGCAAUGAUCACUCUUACCAAACACUAGAAGAGUUCUUGAGUCAACAUCGGUGUUACCCCAGAGAGAUCGCACUUCGUAUCUUUAUACAAAGCUUCAGCAUUUGAUGCACCAGCUCAUGGCCAUCAACAGCUCCUCCAAAACCCUUGUGUUUGCAAGACCUAAAACAAGACGUAGGAUCCCACGAGUAAGCUCUAGAAGGUCUCACUUCACCGGAGUGUUCAAGAACAGUUUGAAGUGGCAGGCUCUCAUCAAUAUCAGGAACAAAAAGACGUACAUUCAUACCUAUUUCACUCAAGAAGAAGCAGCCAGGGCAUUCGACCUGAUGUCACUACUGCUGAAUGGAAUGAAGGCAGUGACUAACCACGAUUACUCGAAGGAUUGCAUUAUAAGGCUGUUCUCAGAUUAUUCAGACAUAGUCAACAAGUUUUGCUAUUAUUAAGUUUCUAUUAUCCUA